GUUGGUAAAGAGAAUAUGUCGAGAAGUAUUUAUAAAUUCGUCAAAUUUUUAAUUCGAUUAAAAAUAGAACAAUUUGAUAAAUUAAUUAAUUUGUUAUUAUUAAGAUAAAUCGUGAAAAAUUACAAAUUGAACUCGAUGAAUGUCGAUAA